AUGUGUAGCCAGAGCCCCUUUUCACAGAGCUCUUCUUCUCCUGCGAGCCCUGUCUCGCUCAAGGCUGCGAUGUCAAUGCCGUAUCUGGCGAGUUCCUUUCCUAUCAAGGCUGUUCUCCUCUGUAGUCUGUCUGCAUCGUCUCUGUCCAGAAGUGUGCGCACAUUCCAUGCGCCCAAUGUGAGAGGAACUAUCCUCGUUUUCUUUGUGUUUCGACCGCUGCCCUCCAGCCGCGCCCCUUCCUCAAGCCAUGGAGGUGAGCAGUGCAUUCCUGAAAAGGGCGGCUCAGUCACCCAGUGUGCUGCCGGACUUCACUGCUGCUCCAUGUCAGCAAAGAACGACCAAUGCCCUGUGCAGGAUUACAGCUACGGCUUCCAGUGUACCCACCCCUGCCGCUUCGCCGCUUGCCUGCCGCCACAGGACUUGUCGAGGGCAAAUCUUCAUGUGGCUUUGCAAGAGAAACAUCGUCUGAACCUUCAACCGAUCGGCUGUCACCUGAAGGCAUCCAAGUAUGACCAGGUCCAGUCAGACUCUGAGUGGCUGAAGCAGAAGGGGACUCAGGGCAAGUGGAGGACCUGGAACAGUUUUACAGGAACACUUCCAUCAGCUGUCCAAAGAAGUGCUGAGUUUGCGUUUACAAUCCAUCCUGCAGUUAACCCCGCCUCUAAGUGCCAAGGUCUGCGCACAUCACAGGUGGGACCAAGAGACCUGGUUGGAUCUGAAAGCAGACGCACGCAGUGCCCACAGCAGACUGGAGACAAAGGAGGACCGCAUUGGCCGUCCGUCAAGUCCCGCACCCUCACAGCGGACCGCACCAGCUGCCCCCGGCGGCUGAACCCGUCCGAGAUGGAGGAUGAAGCGAGCCCACCAGCCAGGCCCAAGCCUCGGUACACGGGCCAGGUCCGUCUUUGCACUGCCCGAUACAGUUAUAACCCCUACGACGGACCGAACGAGCACCCUGAAGCAGAGCUCCCCCUUGUGGCGGGGAAGUAUUUGUACGUCUACGGCAACAUGGACGACGACGGCUUCUAUGAAGGGGAGCUCCUGGACGGCCAGCGAGGACUGGUCCCUUCCAACUUUGUGGAGUUCAUCCAGGACAAGGAGAAGCUCACCAUUCAAGCCGGAGACGGUGGUGAGGAGCAUAAAGCCCUGGCCUUGAUGACAGUGGACGGGAGUGGUGGCCAGGACCGUCUGCUGGGCUUGUCCAAGGCCUUGGUUCCCUGUAGCAACGGGACAGCGGGGCCCUUGGACCCCGAGGACCUGGCUGAAGACGUUGUGCCUUAUCCUCGUAAGAUCACCUUGAUCAAGCAACUGGCGCGGAGCGUCAUCGUGGCCUGGGAUCCUCCGGUCGUGCCUUUGGGCUGGGGGAACAUCUCCGGCUACCAGGUGUCGGUGGACGGCGAGCUGCGUGCCACUUUACAGUCCGGCGGACGCACCAAGUCCUUGCUGGAGAAGCUGGACCUGGACGGCUGCGUUCACCGCGUGUCCGUGCAGAGCGUCACCGACAGGGGCGUGUCGGACCAGCUGCGCUGCACUUUGUUGGUGGGAGCCAACGUGGUGGUGGCCCCUUGUGGCCUCCGGGUGGACGACAUCCGGCGGGACACGGCCGAGCUCUCUUGGUUGCCUAGCAACAGUAACUACGGUCACACCGUCUUCCUGGACGGGGCGGAGCACGCGGUGUUGAAGCCGGGCAGGUACAGACUGCGUUUCUUCAACCUGAAGCCGCUGACGGUGUACAAGGUGACGGUGUCGGCGCAGCCCCACCAGGUGCCGUGGCAACUGCCUCUGGAGCAGCGGGAGAGGAAGGAGGCAGGAGUGGAGUUCUGCACUCAGGCUGCAGGUCCAACAUCAUAUUGCAGAACAGGGCCUCCACUGCCCCCGCAAGAUGUACAGGUGCUGUGUGGGCAGGCACCCGGGGUCCUGCAGGUCCGCUGGAAGCCCCCCGCCCUUUCUCCCACGGGCACGUCCAACGGGGCCAACGUCAUCGGUUACGCCGUCUGCACCAAAGGACAGAAGAUCGCAGAGGUGAUGUUCCCCAUGGCCGACUAUGUGACCGUGGAGCUGACGAGGAUUCAGUGCCUGGAGGCCAGGGAGGUCAUAGUGAGGACUCUGUCCGCACAGGGAGAGUCCCAGGACUCCCACAUCGCCGCCAUUCCAAACAACCUGCUCGUGCCUCUACCUCCAAUUCCGCUGCCGGCGCCAAUGCACCCCCACCCCCACCAGCCUCACCUUACGUCCCCCCACCUUCCUCACGCCACCCCCCAGCUUCCUGCGUUGUUGCCGCCUCCAGCCCACGGGCAACCGCUCCCGCUGCACCCGCAUCCUCCGCACCCUCAACCCCACCCGCGACUGCCUCACCCCGGCGUCCCUCCCCAGGGUCGGCCUCCUCAUCCGCAGGCCCUCCACCCUCUUCACCAAGGUCCGAGGCCGCAGCACCGCCUGCCUCUGCAGCCGCACCCUCACCCCCACCCGGUACCUCAGAGACCAGUAAGUGCCAGAGACCUGGAUGCCAAAGAGCAAGUCGCCCACCACGGGGCAGCUGUCCCACCCAACCAACUCGGUUGGGCCCCCGUACGCUCCCCGUCCUCCCAGCCGCCUGUAGCCAUGCAAGGCCACACCCUGGAGGCCCCGCCCCAUGGCAAUCCACGCUCACCCUCCCCACAAAGGAUUCUACCACAGCCAAGAGGCACUCUAGUCCCGGACAACGUUGCCAAAGCCAUCGCUCGGGAAGCAGCGCAGAGAGUGGCGGCGGAGAGCGGCAAGGGGGAGCGCAGGCCAGCUAGCUACGGCGAGCGGGGUCAGACCUUCCACCAGCACCACUCGGAUGAGGAAGAGGAGGACGAGGAAGGGUUUACGCGCCGCAGGCGAAGGGGUCCUUCGGUGGACGAGUUCCUCCGAGGCUCUGAGUUGGGCAGGCCGCCUCACUAUAGUCACAAUGAAGAGUAUCACAGCGAGAGCAGCCGCGGCUCUGACCUGUCUGACAUCAUGGAAGAGGAUGAGGAGGAGCUGUACUCAGAGAUGCAGCUGGACGAGGGACGCCGACGCAACUCGCACAACACUCCCAAGUCCGCUAACUCCUCGGGAGGCCGUCACCAGCGCGACGGCGGCAGGAGGAUCCACCAUGGCGGCCCGCAGCCUCAGAGACCGCCUCUCACCGUCCCUGCCAUUGACGGUCCCCGGGAGCGCCGCUCGCCCACCUACCUGGACGAGUCUGAGCCGGAGGAGUCAUUCCGGGUGUUCGUGGCGCUCUUUGACUACGACCCUCUGUCCAUGUCCCCCAACCCUGACGCGGCCGACGAGGAGCUGCCUUUCAAAGAGGGACAAAUCAUCAGGAUAUACGGGGACAAAGACACAGAUGGCUUCUACCGAGGGGAAGUGCGAGGCAGGAUGGGUCUGAUUCCGUGCAACAUGGUGUCUGAGAUCCGUGCAGAGGAUGACGAGACCAUGGAGCAGCUCAUCAAACAGGGUUUCCUGCCUCUCAGCACCCCGGUGGACAGACUAGAGCAAAACAGGCGAGGUCUCCGUCGAGGUGAAGCCUCCAGGAGGAUGGUGGCGUUGUACGACUACGACCCUCGAGAGAGCUCACCCAACGUUGAUGUUGAGGCUGAGCUGACCUUCUGCACGGGUGACAUCAUUGCGGUGUUUGGUGACAUCGACGAAGACGGCUUCUACUAUGGGGAGAUCAAUGGCCACCGCGGUCUGGUCCCCUCCAACUUCCUGGAAGAAGUGCCUGACGACGUGGAGGUGUACCUGACCGACACGCCCUCCCACUUCCCCCCUGAGGAGCCCGCCAACCGGCCCCCUGCUGCCAACUCGGUCGCUCCCGUCCCGGAUCCCAAACGGAUCGCCAUCGACAACGCCAUCGACAACACUGCCACGCCAGUCCGCACGCCAGUCCGCACGCCGUCCCCCAUCGUCGGCCCCCUGCUGCCGGGCACCAUGCGGCCUCUCAGCCCCACCAGGGGCCCCCUGCGCGCCCCCCCGGACCCCUGCGACGCUCACGAUUUAGCAAACAAGAAGAAGAAAGGACUGCUCUCCAAGGGGAAGAAGCUCCUAAAGCGGCUCUCUCCUGCCAAGUAGAACAUGGACAUGCAGUACACACACUACAUGCAGUACACACACUACAUGCAGUACACGCACUACAUGCAGUACAUGCAGUUUGUGCAGUACGUGCAGUACAUGCAGUACACACAGUACAUGCAUUACAUGCAGUACAUGAACAUAGCAGUACUCUCUACUGUGCCAAAAGUAAAGAUUACUGUGAUGUACUUCACCAUGUGUAUUAUAUCUUAUACUUUCAUCCAGGGGUGCCCAAACUUUUUCCACCGAGGGCCAUAACUGACAAAUCAAAGGAUGUGGCGGCCAUUUUGCUAGUUUUCACCUUUGAAACCAGUACAAUAUUUACUUAUUUUCAUUUUCCAAAGAACGAGAAAAUGCAAUUUUGUUAGAAAUGUUGUGUGAAUGCUGAAGAGCCAAAGUCGAAGUGAAAUGCUAACAGUUAGCACGCUGGCCAGAUAUGAGCUAAAAAAUGCUAGCAUGCUGAGCAAAAAGUUAGCUUUAGUGAAAUACCAAAAUAUGAUGUGAUGUGUAUACCUGCUAAAUUAGCUAAAAAAAGCUAGCAUGCUAACGUUAGUUUGCGAAAACCAAAAUAUAAUACCCUGAGGUGUGUACAUGAAAAAUGCAUUCAAAAUGCUAGGAUGCUAAUGUUAACAUGUAUCAAGUCAUAUUUUAAAAUAUGACUGAGGCGUAUACCUCCAAAAUGAGCUAAAAACAACAGAAGCAAGCAUACUAACGUUAGCAUGCUAGCAGGUAUCAAUCGUCAAUAAACAAAACAUUUGGUGCUAAGGUGUAUACCUGCAAAAUUUGCACCAAAAAAAGAAAAAAAGCCAGCAUUCUACUAUUAGAAUACUAACGAUUGUGCUGCGAGCCGUUAGAAAAUUAGUUACGAGAUGUCAUCUUCAAAACGACAACUAUUUACAGAUGUAUUUCAAAGAACUACAAAAUGCAGUUUUUGGUAGAAAUGUUGUGUGACUGCUGAAGAGCCAAAGCCAAACUGAAAUGCUAACCGUUAGCAAACAAAAAAGAAUAUGAGCUAAAAAGCUAGCAUGCUAACAGUAGUAUAUUAAUAAUAGCGUGCUUACAGUUAGCAUUAGUGAAAUACCAAAAUAUGUGACACUGAGAUGUAUACCUUGCUAAUUUAGCUAAAAAAAAAGUUAGCAUGCUAAUGCUAACUGUAACAUUUGUCAAGGUCCAAAAUAUAAUACUCUGAGGUGUGUACUUGAAAAAAUAGUUUCAAAUGCUAGGAUGCUAACGUUAGCAUCCAUCCAGUGCCACAAUACGACUGAGGCGUAUACCUCCGGAAACAAGAGAAACAAGCAUACCAACGUUAGCAUGCUAGCAGGUAUCAUUCGUCAAGUAACAAAACUAGAGAUGUCCGAUAAUGGCUUUUUUGCCGAUAUUCCGAUAUUGUCCAACUCUUAAUUACCGAUUCCGAUAUCAACCGAUACCGAUAUAUACAGUCGUGGAACUAACACAUUAUUAUGCCUAAUUUUGUUGUGAUGCCCCGCUGGAUGCAUUAAACAAUGUAACAAGGUUUUUUUUCAAAAUAAGAGAACAACUUCAACUCAAGUUAUGGAAAAAAGUGCCGACAUGGCACUGCCAUAUUUAUUAUUGAAGUCACAAAGUGCAUUAUUUUUUUUAAACAUGCCUCAAAACAGCAGCUACGAAAACAAUGAAGGCACACAGCUUCAGUCCAGAGUAUACUAGAGUCAUAAAGUAAACAAUGACAUAGUCCUCCUUUAGUGCAAGACUGCCUGGCAUACUGUAUAACAGGGAAUUAUAAACUGGGCUCAAUCUGCCUUGCUCUAACGUAUUCAUAUGAGUAACAAAAAUGUUCUGCAAGCUAGUGGUGAGUGCUUGAAGUGUUCACUGCAAGCUGCAAAGUCUGCGCCAUGCAGGGCAGACUAGCCACACCAAACUCCACCGUAGUUUUUGCCAUACUGCGUGCGUUGUCCCUGACCACAACGUGGGCUUUCGCCCUGGGGGUGGUUUUUGUUGUAUUUUAGUUUUUUCUCGGCGGAGUCUUUAAGCGACAACUGUGUGGUACUACUUUUUUUACGGUGUUUGCUUUUCAUCCAUCGUCCGCUUGUAUUCACCGUGUAUCUCCUUAUGAUUCUUGAAGAGGCGGGAGAUCAAAUUGCUCGUAUUAAAGGAAGACGUCUUGGUUCCUCCUCGCAUAACCAACUUUUUGCAGUCAUUGCAAAUUGCCAGUUUUUUAACCGUCAGACACACUUUAAAGGGGAACAUUAUCACAUUUUCAGAAGGGUUAAAACCAUUAAAAAUCAGUUCCCAGUGGCUUAUUUUAUUUUUCGAAGUUUUUUUCAAAAUUUUACCCAUCACGCAAUAUCCCUAAAAAAAGCUUCAAAGUGCCUGAUUUUAACCAUCGUUAUAUACACCCGUCCAUUUUCCUGUGACGUCACACAGUGAUGCGAACACAA